ACAGCGCGGCGACACGAGUGCGCACAACACGCUGGAGCAGCAAGGCACGGCAGCGGCAGGAGGCGGACGGCAGCUGGUAGUACCGGGCGACGCGGCGCUGUGUCUUUGUGUGGAACCAGGAGGCUGCACGGUGGAUGUGUUUAUUCUACAAAUCUGGACCAGGGUCUAGCUGGGAUAACUUCGCUUCGGACAAAACCCGCCUUCUUUCAUGUCAUCCACCUAUUUGUUUGGGCCGGCGUGUUGACGCCAGAGGAAGGAGACAGGGGUGAUCCGAGCGCGGCUGGAUGAGCGAGCAUUGACAGGAGAGGCGACAUGAAUUCACACGCGUCCGUAUGACAGUAUAGACGCAACGAAGAGAGCUCGUAUUUAUCGCGCGUGAUUUCAGGAGAUGAUCCAUGCAGCAACGUGGGCAAACGGAGCCGAGGAUGAGAUGCUGUGGUGUUGGUGCACGAUAGAGAUUUUGCACCACAGAGCUUUUACGUGUUACUGACGGUUCGCGCACCGUUGAAAUAUGUAUCUAGACACAACUUUGGUCCCAGCCAGGCCUGAUUCGCUGACCGACUGUGAAAUACGUGGUGAUCGUUCAUAAAUCUGUGUGCCAUAGCAGAUCGCGCGAUGUACCCUUCUAAAGCUCCAGUGGUUUAACAUAUGAUCCCCGAGUCUUGUAUAAUUUACACUUCAAAGACUGCAGUGUUAUUAAUGGCAUUUAGUGCAAUUAAAAGCUCAGAGCUGUGAGUUACCAAUGCGUGCUAACGUGUAAACAGGCCUAUUCUUUGCGUAUGUACAUCCUGCUGAUAGUGAGAUAGUGACUGCUCUGGCAGACUGUUCGUGCCACUCGGAGUGUCACGGGGGUGUGUUUCAAAUCCAGCACAUCUACUAUUUACUUAUGUCAACGCUGCGGAGGUGCUGCACAGUGGAGAGGACACUGUCAUAACACCGACCAUUCUCGCCUUCUUCUCCGGUUGCCCCAACUAAAAGUUUCAAUGGUUUUCCGAAAGUUGCCCGGUGUUUCGGCAUCGGGCAUGGGUCUGCGUCUGUCCCAGAAGUUUGUCUUUCUACUUUUUCUUUCGGGGUUAGUAACGCUGUGUUUUGGGGCUCUCUUCUUUCUACCGGACUCUGUGCGACUAAAGCGCAUUUUUUUGUCAAAGACCGAGACCCAGCCCGUUACCGUUGGCUCCGGGUCCGAGAAUGACGCCAGAGAACACUUAAAAAGACCCAAAGACCAAGGCAUGACCCCGGCGAAAGGAGAAACGAGCAGCACCAAGCUAAAGAAUCUAAGUCGCAAGCCUUCCGUGUCUCGGGAGGGGACCGAGGAGCGACUGGCCGGCGGUAAACCGCAGGAGGACAUGACUCUGCCCAAGUCCAGGACGGAGGCAGCGACCUCAUCAGAGCAUGGUACAGACAUGGAUACUUUCAGUUACAACAAGUUCAGAAGAUGUCUGCUUAAAGCGCCCCUGGGCAGAGAUAACGGCAAACCUACCGACCCACAGACCAACGAGAGGCGGGAGAAAGUUAAAGAGAUGAUGAAGUUUGCCUGGGACAACUACAAGCGCUACGCCUGGGGAAAGAACGAGCUCCGACCUUUGACCAGGAACGGACAUAUUGGCAACAUGUUUGGGGGUCUGAGAGGAGCCUCCAUCAUCGAUUCUCUGGACACACUGUACAUCAUGGGCCUGAUGGAAGAGUACAACGACGCCAAGGAGUGGGUCAAAACCAGCCUGGAUCUCAACUCGAAUGGAGAGGCAUCACUGUUUGAGGUGAACAUCCGGUACGUGGGUGGCUUGCUUUCGGCGUAUUACCUGACAGGAGAAGAGAUUUUCAAAAGUAAAGUUCUGGAACUCGGGGAGAAGCUGCUGCCAGCAUUCAACACACCCACAGGCAUCCCCAGAGGAGUCAUCAACCUGGGGAGUGGGACCAGUUGGAGCUGGGGAUGGGCCUCAGCUGGGAGCAGUAUCCUGGCAGAGUUUGGGACCCUCCAUCUUGAAUUCGUCCACCUGUCCGAGCUCUCCGCUAACCCCAUCUACACAGAAAAGGUUAUGAAUAUCAGGAAACUGCUGAACAAGAUUGAAAAGCCCCAUGGACUCUAUCCCAAUUUUCUAAGUCCCGUCAGCGGCAACUGGGUCCAACAUCACGUCUCCAUUGGUGGCCUUGGGGACAGUUUCUACGAGUAUUUGAUCAAGUCCUAUCUGAUGUCGGACAAGGCUGACGAGGACGCCAAGAGGAUGUACUACAGCGCACUUGAUGCGAUCGAGGCUAACCUGGUGCAGAAGUCCCCAGGAGGCCUCACAUACAUGGCUGAGUGGAGGGGGGGUAUCCUGGACCACAAGAUGGGGCACCUGGCCUGCUUCUCUGGGGGCAUGAUCGGGAUCGGGGCAGAUGAUGGACCACAGGAGAAGAGACAGCACUAUCUGGACCUGGCAGCUGAGAUCACACACACCUGCCAUGAGAGCUACACACGGUCAGGCACCAAACUGGGCCCAGAGGCGUUCAGAUUCGACAGUGGAGCUGAAGCCACCGCCACCAGACUGAGUGACAGAUAUUAUAUUCUCCGGCCAGAGGUCAUCGAGAGCUACAUGUACAUGUGGAGACUCACGCACGACCCCAAGUACAGAGAGUGGGGCUGGGAGGCUGUCCAGGCCCUGGAGCAGCACUGCAGAGUGGAGUCUGGAUUCUCGGGGAUCAGAGACGUGUACACCACUACCGUGAGCCAUGACAACAUGCAGCAGAGCUUUUUCCUCUCAGAGACCCUCAAGUACCUGUACUUGCUGUUCUCUGAAGAUGACCUGCUCCCCCUGGAGGACUGGGUGUUUAACACAGAGGCCCACCCUCUGCCUGUGAUCCGCAGGAGCUGUCAGCAGAGUCAUGUGACACAGAGCGGCUCUCAGUGACUGGAUCAGGACAGGACUCACUCAGACCUGGGCUCUGUCAGGACUCUAUGGUCCUCUGCAGUCAGGGCCAUGGUCCAUACGCUGUGAUUGUAUCUCCUCUGGCCACAGAUACCUCUGCUGGCUCUUCUUUUUGUGGACAAUCAAAACAAACUUUCAUGAAAAGAGCACCUUUUUCUUUCCUUCUUUCCUCUGUGAGGAAACUGUACUGCAGACCCAAAUGUAUGGGAGGAGGCUGUGGGCCAUACUGUUAGAGACAUAGAACCACUUGAGUUUGGCUCUUUGAUUUGAACCCUCUGUUAAUCUGAUGAAUGAUUUUCUUAGACCUUUCUUGGCAUUUCCUUUGUGAGUACACUCUUUGACCAAAGGUUUCUUUGCAUCUAUUCCCCUGUUUCUAGUAAUGUGUUUGGUAAGGUUUAACAGGUAGUAAAUGACUGAUGUGUACUAAAUAUUGAAAAUGUACAGACUCAAUGAAAUGUGAAUCCCGGAUCCACCUCCAAACUAAUGCUGAUGUCAUGUUUCUCUGAAACAAGCUUGAAUGAAUUUUUAAAGUUGUCAGGAAAGCGGCAGUGUCUUAUGCAUCCAGGGACCAUUUGAAUAUUGUUCAGUUGCAUUUCCACUGUAUGCUUGGUUACUUAUUCUCGCUUUGCCUUUCAAAGUGAUGAAGGGGCCAUGUGUGCGAGCGGACCAUAGUACAAGUGUAAGAAAAGGAACACAGAAUGAGAGCUCUGGCUGGAGGGCUUUUCCAUGUCUUGUAUUUUCCGCCUCACCCUGAGCCUUUAGACUUCGCGGGGCUGCCACUGUGGAGUCCAUCUCUUCUGUUGUCACUGCGCGUGGAGCGAAUGUACAUACUGACCCGGUCUGAGCUUGUCUUCAUUUUGUGAUUCUGUUUUUUUCUCAAAUUCAGUGGACAUUUUGUUUCGGGGUUCUUUUAUGAUUUGCUUCCCUCAGGUGUUUUCGGUAAAGAUUUUCAGUCUAGUUAAUGCUGAUAUUAAUUAAUGUUAUUCUUACUGUUUGAUUUAACUUUCACUGUUGAAUAUUUUCAAAUACUGAUAAAAGAUCUGUGCAACUUUGUACAUUUAAU